UGCGACAAGCUCGGAAUCGUUUUCGUUAAAAUUGACAACGAUGACGAAGCUAAAGAAUACGGUAUCGAGAAAAUUCCUUCUAUGGUGUACUUCGAGAAUGGAAUUCCUACGCUAUACGAAGGUAACCUGGAAGAUGAAGAUAAAGUACUGAAGUGGUUCGAACAUCAAGUGAAGAGUGACGAAAUUGAAGAUGUCACCGACGAAAUGCUGGAUAUCAUACUCAACAAAAGACAAUUCGUUGCUGUUUUAUUCUAUGACAAGAACCAGAAGAAGAGUCAAAAAGUUUUGGUGGAAUUGGAGAAUAUUGAUGACGAAUGUGACCAGAACAACAUAGUUUUUGUGAAAAUCGAUAAUCCAGACGAAGCCAAAGAAUACGGAAUCGACGUCAUCCCUAGUUUGGUAUUAUUCGAGAAAAAAAUUCCUCAUUUGUAUGAGGGAGAUUUGACCAAAGAGGAAGAAUUGCUCGGAUGGCUCCUACACCAGAAAAGACAUAGUGAAAUACCAGACAUCACUGAUGAAAUGAUGGACUUACUUAUUGAUUCGCAGAAGUAUCUAGCAGUACUAUUCUAUGACAAAGACGACAAACAAGACAUCAGAGUCCUGAAUGAGCUUAAUGCUUGCAACAGCUGCAAACUUAGGAUAAAUGAAAGCGAAGAACUUCAGAAUCAGAGAAUUAGGGAUGAACUGCUUGUCAGUCCCAAAGGGUCUAGAUCCUUCUAG